AUGCCACCACGCGCGCGUCCCCGUCACCGACCCUUGACCAUCGCGACCAUCUGCGGUACCGCGUCGCUCAUCCUACCCACCGUCACGCUCAUCCGCCUCUACACCAUCGCGGCGCUACCCGUACACUCGCUCAUCUACGCCGGCUUCAUCAGCGGAGUGACGUUCCUCUUCUAUGGCUACGAUAAGAUGCAGGCGCGGAAUCUGGAGUGGAGGGUCAAAGAAGUGACGUUGCAUACACUGGCGAUAGUCGGAGGGUGGCCGGGAGCAUUGGCGGGCAUGCACUAUUUCCAGCAUAAGACGAGGAAGGUGAGGUUUCAGGCUGUGUUCUGGGGGAUUGUUCUGGGCUGGGAGGGGGUCGCGUGGCUGGUGUGGAGUGGUGGGGUACAACUUGGAUGA